CAUCGCUUCAACACCACCAACACGACGCCAACAUGAAGCCAUUGGGCGCUCAAGGCACGUUGCUCUCGAGGAAUUGCCCUCGUGCAGCUACUGGGCUCUCGAGAAAUGCGAAUCUUGUGCGCCGCCAGCAGCGACGCGGCUUUCAAACCCAGGAUGUGCAUAUCACCAGGACUGGUAAGCCGCUUAUUACCAUGUCUGCUGGAAGGUCUUCUCUUGGAGGACACACUGCAACUGUCUUUGGCGCGACCGGUUUCCUUGGUCGAUACAUCGUGAAUAGACUUGCUCGGGCUGGCAACACUGUUGUUGUGCCUUAUAGAGAAGAAAUGGCAAAGCGACAUCUCAAAGUCUCUGGCGAUCUGGGUAGGGUUGUGUUUAUGGAAAUGGACCUCCGUAACAAGGAAUCAAUUGAGGAGUCCGUUCGUCACUCAGACAUCGUGUACAAUCUCAUUGGUCGCGAGUAUCCUACCAAGAACUUUGAUCUUUUCGACGUGCACGUCUGGGGAGCUCAACGAAUAGCCGAAGCCGUUGCUAAAUACGAUGUCGAUCGCUUCAUCCACGUCUCAUCAUACAACGCCGAUGUAUCCUCACCUUCCGAGUUCUUCCGUACCAAAGGGCAAGGUGAAAAGGUGGUUCGCGAUAUUUUUCCCGAAACGACCAUUGUACGGCCUGCGCCUUUAUAUGGGCACGAAGACAAGCUCCUCAAUUUGCUAGCCUCAGUGACAAAUCUGUUCUGCAGCAACCACAUGCAGCAACGCUUCAAUCCCGUACAUGCCAUCGAUGUUGGCCAAGCUCUCGAGAAGAUGUGCUUGGACGACAGCACUGCGGGUGAAACAUACGAACUGUACGGGCCCACUAACUACUCGCUCAAGGAGAUUGCAGAGAUGGUCGACGAGGAGAUUGUAAAAGUUCGUAGAAAGAUCAACAUUCCUCCCCAGAUUAGGGCGCCGAUCCUAGACCUCCUUAACAAGGUGUUGUGGUGGGAUGUGGGCACAGGAGAUGGAGUUCGGAGGGAGUUCAUCGACCAGAUCAUCGAUCCCUCAGCCAAGACAUUUAAAGAUCUGGGCAUCGAGCCAGCUGAACUUAAGAACCUGAAAUACCAAUACCUUUUGCCGUACCGAAGCUCAUCCUACUAUGACUUGCCACCAAUGACGGAGAAGGAGAAGCGCGAGGAGAGGAAAUACCUGCAUGUCCUAGACGACCAAUAGAUUGGUGGAUUGAGUCCUUCUCUUAUGGUUUUAUUUGUUUGUAACUGAGACCGGAAGAACGCAGAUGUACAUAGUCUAGCCACAAUCGCGACUGGCCUUGCCGUUCUUGCGAAAAUCACUUUUUCUCUUCCUGA